AUGGCGUCGAUGUGUAUCAGCAUAAUAGUGAUAACGGUUCUGUCUAUGGUUUCUCUUACCAUGUGCAAGCCAUUUCUCGGUGAUCUACUAACACGUGCGAUUGCUUCUUCUUCCACUCCGGAUGAUCCCCAAUCGCACAUAAGCGAUUUUCGCACGAUGUCCAAAAUGGACCCAAUGGCAGAGAAGCUAAAGCUUGUCGAUUUGAAAGAAAAUCAGACGGCAUCCACGACUGAACCAGAAAUGGAGCCAAAUAACGAAAACAUUACUAUGGCUCCUGUUCAAACCACGUUGUGGCAGCGAUGGAACCGGACGGAAUUUUUGGCGCGCAUUAUCGACGACAUUCUCAAACCGGCCCAGGAGCGCAUUACGCUAGUGUUUCGGACACUGGUACCUAGGGAGAGUGCAGGAAUGCUUCCAGAAAAUGCAGCACAACCCAAAAACUCGACUGCUGUGACAGAUAAGCGCUUCAAUUCCACCGGGGACGAUGACACUGAUGAGCUUAGUACGGCUCUUGAACUGCUGGCACAAGAGAACGAGCCAUCGCUUAUCGAUCCGCCCAUGAACGGAAGUACUCUGCUCAGUCAGUUGCAAGCCCGAAGGAACGUGCUGAGACGCCGUGUGGCAAAGGCACUGUCCUCAAUAACGGGCCUGCUGAUACUGGCGGCAAAUACACGCAGAGAAGCCAAAUCUCGCAGUACCCGAUCGAUAGAACUGCCCGUUGUGGAUGAUCAGCACUAUUUGCAGGAUUUUUCGAACGAUGUGAACCCUUACGCUGACGAACUUAACACGGCACAUGAAGUAGAAUACGAUGAUGGCGAAGGAGGCGAAACUUCACGGCGUAAUAUGGAAUCGUUCGGCAUAUUUAUACUGGAGGUGUUCGGAUCAAUCGUAGGAUUUUCCUGGGGCAUAUUCAAACAAGUCCAAUCGUUCUGGUUGUAG